AUGGUAGCAGCUGCAAGCACUGAAGCCACGCGAAUCUCUAUCAUUAAAAGGCCCAGUCUUCAUUUCAGAGCUGUGCAUAUUGAAAUAUCGUUCUUGACCAGGGAAGUUCUUUAUAACAUCUUCCAAGACAUCGUAUCAUACAGUCUAUGCUUUGCAGACGUUGUGUCUUACGUAAAGACCAACACGGAGUUGGGCCUUAACGAAGGAAUAUAUCCAAGCUGCUUCUUCAGCUUCAAAACCUACCGGCAUAAUGGACAGAUUUAUUCGCCCCCAUCGAGAGAAUACGCGCGCCAGUCAGGCUUUUGGAAGCUUGCAAAUGGUGGUAGCGAUGACAAAGCUGGUCUUGAAGAUCAGAUUGAAAGUCAGUCUGUCGAAAGCCUUGGUACUCUUGAAUAUGCUACAUCACAAAGUAGUUCACUUACUCCGAAUGAUUCAGCUUCACAAAUUCAGUCAUCCACUCUAAUUAAUCCUUUUCUCGAGCCUCCAAAGCCAAAGAGACAGCGAAAAGAAACUUCAUGCAACUUGCAGAAGCAUUUAGGGCAGAAGCAUGCCAUCACAUCGUCUCAAAGUUCAAUGCUUUCCUAUAUUAGAGCUCGACCUUUACAAUCUCCUCAAGAACUUCUCGAUCAAAAUAUUUUCAACUGGGCUAUCGGAACAAUGCAGCCAUUUUCAACAUUUGAUGACCCUCUUUUCAGGCAAAUUUGGAAGAAUUGCAGUACUAUUGCACUCUCUCUUGAUGGAUGGAAGAGUGCAAAUGGCUACAAGAUCUUUCCAAUUAUUAGUCAUUGGAUUAUAGCAGACUUUCAGCCUCAGCAUAGAAUUCUUGACUUCCAAGAGAUAGAAGGCCCUGAUACUAGUGAGAAUCUAGCGUCUAUUAUCUAUAAGGUUCUAUGCGAACUAGACAUUAAAGCUAAGCUUAUUUCCAUUACUGGUGAUAACGCAAGCAAUAAUUUAGUAAUGGCUGAAAUUCUACAUGAUUUGCUCAAAGCCAAUUAUGAACAAGGCAAUACUCAGCAAACAAUGAGAUAUCAAGGAGAAGAUAGCUUUAUUCAUUGUCUUGCACAUAUUCUAAAUCUGAUUGUUAAGGAAUUUCUUACUGUUUUGAAAGCUAGUGAUAUUGCAGGAGACUUUCAGAUUAUUGAAGAUUUGAAGAAUAAUCUAUCUCUUGCACAAUCACAAAAAAGAGUGGCAGAAUCUAUGCCGGAUAAAAGGGAUGGAUUUAAAACUUAUUUAGCCGCUCCUCAGAUUCAGGAAUAUCUUAAGAUGAAUCAUAUCUUACCUCCUUUUACUAACCAAGACUGGAAUCAGCUUGGACAAAUCCGGAUAGUCCUUGCAGAGUUUGAUAGAUAUACACUGGAGCUCUCUACUGAUAUUCCACAAAUCAGUCAAUCUUUGGCUAUCUACUAUCAACUCUUCAAUCUUCUUCAAGAAGUUCAGGAUAGGGAGGGAAAGUUCAAGGACUUUGACACAGAUAUCGCUAAUGCAGCUAAGAGCUCCAUGAGGAAAUACAACAAGUACUAUACUCUUAUGGAUGAUUCAUGCGAUAUUCUCUAUAUUACAAUGCUCUUGGAUCCUCGGUUUAAGAAACUUGAUAGAGCUCAGGAUAUUAUUACUGCUAUGCAAGAGCAGCUUGAGACCCAGUAUCCUAUAACUCAUAAGCCCGAACUUUUUACAGCUUCAGAAGAACCAGGACCAUUAGCCACGUUGCAAAAUCCGCAUAAGACCAUAGUAUCAGAGAUGAUGAAUGAAUAUCCACGCAUGGCAGCGGCUGCACGGGAUUACUUAGCUGUUCCAGCAGCAGAGGUUGAUGUUGAGAGACUAUUCAACACUGAACGGGAUCUUCUUGGAUUAGGAGGUGGUCUUUGA